UACGCCCUCUCCUCCCCUCCCCAUCGCCAUUAUCACCCUUCACCACCACCGCCUCUCCGGCGCAAGCAAACUCACAAAAACGUCUCCUUGAUUCGGCCAUGCGCCCGCUAACCUGCUAAGCCGAAGGCUCCCCUUGCAUUCCUACUCCGGCGACCUCGCCGCCGACCAUGCCGGCGAUGGACUACCAAGGCUCCUCCUCGUCUUCCCACUCCACCCCGUUCUCCUCCUUUGGUCGCUCGAUUAUGUCUCUCCGCCGCGACAGCCCCGCCGCCGCGGGGUCUCCGGCCAUGCCGUCCGGCGAGGAGGCCGACCUCGACGAGUUCCAGCGCCACGUGGCGGCGCACCUAGCGGAGCUGAGAGGCGGCGGCGGCGGGGAGGAGUUUCUGUCCAUCGCGUGGAUCCGGCGGCUGCUGGAGGCGUUCCUCGUGUGCCAGGAGGAGUUCCGGGUGGUGGUGGCGGAGGCGCGGCGCCGCGGGGCGCUCCCGCCGCCCGCGGAGAAGCUGGUGGCGGAGUUCGGCGAGCGCGCGGUGAAGGCGCUCGACGUCUGCAACACCGCGCGCGACGGGGUGGACCAGGCGCGCCGGUGGGAGCGCCUCGCGGGCAUCGCGGCGUCCGUGCUGCUCGCGCCCGGGGAGAUCCACGAGGGGCAGCUCCUCCGCGCGCGGAAGGCUCUCUCGGACCUGUCGGUCCUCCUCAUCGACGACGCCGCGGCCGCCGCGGGGGGCGGGGGCGGCGUUGCGUCGUUCCUCGCCUCGCACCGCAACCGCUCCUUCGGCCGCGCGCGGGCGUCUCCCUCCCGCGCCGCGUCCCUCGCCUCCUCAUCCUCCCAGUUCCGCUCGCUCUCGUGGAGCGUGUCCCGCACGUGGUCGGCGGCACGGCAGCUGCAGGCCAUCGGCGCCGGCCUGGCCGCGCCACGCGCGCACGAGGCCUCGGGCCUCGCCGCGCCGGUCUACGCCAUGGGCUGCCUGCUCCACCUCGCCGUGUGGGCGCUCGUCGCCGCCGUCCCGUGCCCGGACCGCGGUGGGGCGUUCCAGGCGCACCACCUCCCCGCAGCACCGCCGCGCGCGGCGUUCCCUUGGGCGCCGCCACUCCUCGCGCUCCAAGAACGCCUCACCGAGGAGGGGAAGCGCAAGGACCGGCGCAAUUCUUGCGGCCUGCUCAAGGAAAUCCACGCGCUGGAGAAGUGCGUGCAGAGGCUCGCAGAGGCAAUCGACGCGGCCCCCAUCCCGCUCACGGGUGAGCGGGAUGCCGAGGUGCGGGAGGCUGCAGCCGAGCUGGCCGCCGUGUGCGCCGCCAUGAGGGAGGGGCUCGAGCCGCUGGAGAGACAGGUCCGGGAGGUCUUCCACCGCAUCGUGCGCAGCCGCAUGGAAGGCCUCGACUCGCCAAUGCUCAACGGUGAUUGAGCCAUCAAGAUCUCACCUUUGCUCGCGCAAUGUGGUGGUGAUAGGUAGCUCUCCUGUUCUUGGUUUUUUCUUCGCUUGUGAUCUAGUGAUAGUAGAUAUUAGUAAGUAUGAAAUGUGUAUCCUUCUGUAAAGGGUUACAGAAAGGGAAAAGGAAAGGUUCCAUCUUUGUGUAAAGAUGAUUCCUUAUUCCCAUGUUUUGAUACUACAUUUGGUGUAUAUCAUCGCGUUUUUGUUAGUCA